AUGCGGUGGGAAGAACAAGGCAUGAAGCCCAGUUGCUCCCACAGUCAGAAAGCUUUUCACAUAGAGCCAUUCUCUACCACUGAGAGGGUGGCAUGGACCCUCCCCUCCGUCUCUGCAGAGGAUGUCCCCAGGGAGACUCCUUCACAACCCAGGAGCAUCAUUCGUCGUCACCCACGCAUCAGUUUAGAUGACCUGUGGCUGGAGAAGAUGCAAAGAAGGAGGUUGAAGAAGCAGGUCCAGGUUGAAAGGAAGAUGCACAAGGGGAUAGCACAUAAAGAUGGAAUCCAAUGUUGGAGGAAGAUGACCAUUACCUCUCCAGAGUCUUUGAGUCUCGCUAGAAGAAGCCAUCCAUUCUCCCAGAGUGCCCCAACAGGAUUGAACUGCAUGGGCUGGCCAGAGUACAUACUUGCCACUGCUAUCCCUGAUGGAGUUCUGGACACAGCCAUCCGUGCUGAUGAGGCGGGAAGUGAGGAGGACCUGUAUGAGGACAUGCACAGCUCCAGCCACCACUACAGCCACCCUGGAGGGGGUGGUGAGCAGCUAGCCAUCAAUGAGCUCAUCAGUGAUGGCAGUGUGGUCUGUGCUGAAGCACUCUGGGACCAUGUCACCAUGGAUGACCAGGAACUGGGCUUCAAAGCUGGGGAUGUCAUCGAAGUAAUGGAUGCCACCAACAGAGAGUGGUGGUGGGGUCGUGUUGCUGACGGCGAGGGCUGGUUUCCAGCCAGCUUUGUGCGGCUGCGGGUGAACCAGGACGAGCCCGCCGACGACGAGGCCUUGCGGACCGGGGACGGCGGAGCCGCGGAUGGAGGGGCCGAGGCGCAGAGCAGCAAGGACCAGAUGCGGACCAACGUCAUCAACGAGAUCCUCAGCACCGAGCGGGACUACAUCAAGCACCUGCGCGACAUCUGCGAGGGCUACAUCAGGCAGUGUCGCAAGCGCGCCGACAUGUUCAGCGAGGAGCAGCUGCGCACCAUCUUCGGGAACAUCGAGGACAUCUACCGGUGCCAGAAGGCGUUUGUGAAGGCGCUGGAGCAGAGGUUCAAUAGGGAGCGCCCCCACCUGAGCGAGCUGGGCGCCUGCUUCCUGGAGCACCAAGCGGAUUUCCAGAUCUACUCAGAGUACUGCAACAACCACCCCAACGCCUGUGUGGAGCUGUCCCGGCUCGCCAAGCUCAGCAAGUACGUGUACUUCUUUGAGGCCUGCCGGCUGCUACAGAAGAUGAUCGACAUCUCACUGGACGGCUUCCUGCUGACCCCCGUGCAGAAGAUCUGCAAGUACCCUCUGCAGCUGGCCGAGCUGCUCAAGUACACACACCCCCAGCACAGGGAUUUCAAGGACGUGGAAGCAGCCCUACAUGCCAUGAAGAACGUGGCCCAGCUCAUCAAUGAACGGAAACGGAGGCUUGAAAACAUUGACAAGAUUGCUCAGUGGCAGAGCUCCAUAGAGGACUGGGAGGGGGAAGAUCUCCUGGUCAGGAGCUCAGAACUCAUCUACUCUGGGGAGCUGACUCGUGUUACACAGCCACAAGCCAAGAGCCAGCAGAGGAUGUUUUUUCUCUUUGACCAUCAGCUCAUCUACUGCAAGAAGGACCUUCUCCGCCGGGAUGUGCUGUACUAUAAGGGCCGAGUGGAUAUGGACAGACUGGAGGUGGUGGAUCUGGAGGAUGGAAAAGACAGAGAUCUCCACGUGAGUGUCAAGAAUGCUUUCCGGCUGCUAUGCGGCACCACAGGAGAGAGUCACCUGCUGUGUGCCAGGAAGCCUGAGCAGAAGCAGCGCUGGCUCAAGGCCUUCGCCAGGGAGAGGGAGCAGGUGCGGCUGGACCAGGAGACAGGCUUCUCCAUCACCGAGCUGCAGAGAAAGCAGGCCAUGCUGAAUGCCAGCAAGCAGCAGGCCACUGGGAAGCCCAAAGCCCUCAGCCGGCCCUACUACCUGGCACGCCAGAAGCACCCAGCACUGCCCGCCAGCCUGCCCCAGCAACAGGUCUUGGUACUGGCAGAGCCCAAGCGGAAGCCGUCCACCUUCUGGCACAGCAUUAGCCGGCUGACACCCUUCCGCAAGUGAACCAGCUCCCCAUCCGACAGCACUGUCUGGACCUGCCCUGCCAGUGGGCCUCCAGCUUUUUCUCCCCGAGGCUCACCGCAUGUGGCCUCCUCUGCUGGUCACGCACACUGAAAG